AUGGAUGCCAAAGAUAGUGUUUCUCAAAUUUCACCCAUGAGUAACCGAACAUCAAGUACAGUUCAUGUGAAAGCAGCCGCAAAACGAGCUGAACUGUUAUGUAGGCAACGUCUACUGACAAAGAAACAAGAAUUAGAAUCUAGACAUCUUGCUGUGCAACAAGCUAGGCAACAGGAAGAAUUUAGACUGCAGAGAGAAAAGGAAAACUUCGACCUGCAGGUAGAAAUAGAAGUUUCUGAAGCCAGCAUUAGUGCUAUAGAGCAAUAUGAAGAUGAGUUUGAUCAGAAAAUCAGAUUCAAGUUGCCCGACGAAAUUCCUCAUCCGGCGGCAUGUGCAAGUUCUGUGUUGGGUGAUAGAAUUGAAGCUGGAGCAUCUGAAAGGGUCUCUUCAAAUGAAGAGCCCAACAAGAUUGAAAAUCCUUGGUCGAUACCGCAAGACUUUCAAGGUAAAGUAGAUGAAGUCGAAAACCGGAUGCCAGAAUUGACUCCGCAGGUGAAUAUAGGCCAGCUACACAAAGAUUGUGCUCAGCUGGAUCACCAUGAUGUGCCUGAGCCAACUACAGCACAACGGUAUCAACCACAUCUGCAGCCCAUUUCCGAUAUCGGUGAGCUGACGCAACCUUUGAUCAAGCAACAAGUUAGAGCUGCGUUACCAGCACAACAGAUAGAAACCUUCAAUGGCGAUACACUGAAGUACACAAGAUUCGUCAAGUCCUUUGAGUUCGGUGUCGAAGACAAGACCACAGACGUUAGAGAUAGACUGAAUUAUCUUUGUCAAUAUACCUCCGGAGAGCCCAAUACUCUGGUAAGCAGUUGUUUACAUUACCAUGAUGCUGAAGAGGGCUACAGCAAGGCUAAAGAGUUGCUAGCCAAAAGAUACGGCAACAGUCACAAGAUUGCUCAAGCGGUUUUAAACAAAGCCAAUAAUUGGCCUGACAUCAGAGCAGAAGAUGCUACCGGCCUGAAUAAGUUUUCGAUAUUCUUAUCGGAGUGCAAGAACAUGACAAAGUCUGUCAGCGCUCUCAGUGAAUUAAACCACACCCAGAGCAUCCAGAUGUUGGUCGAGAAACUUCCGUACAGACUGCGCAGCAUGUGGAGAAACAAAGUGUAUGAAGUGGAAGAAGAGAAAAAGAGAUGCAUUGUCCUUGACGAUCUGGUGAGUUUCGUAGAUCGACACUCUCAGAUACUCUCCAACCCAACGUUUGGAAGGCUACGUGAGACUCCCCACCUAGGCAAGAAUAACAUUGGAGAGAAGAACAAAAGAGUUCAAGUCAAGAAAGAGGCAUUUGGCACCGCUGUGAAUAGCCAUGCAGAGAAAGCAAGGCAGAAGAAGUCUUGUCAAUUCUGUGGCGGUAACUCCCAUCACGCUACAUUAGAAUGCAUGAAAUUCGCGCAGCUGAGUUGGAAGGACAAGUCGUCAUUCUGUUUCAAACACGGAUUGUGUUUUGGCUGCCUGGGGGGCGGUCAUACGAAAUCAAGCUGUAAACAGAGAGAGUUAAGUAAAUGCAGCAAAUGUCCAGGCAACCAUCCAACAGUUCUGCAUAAUGAUGAGAAAAUUACUAAGACGUCCCACCCAGCGCAGAACUCUCAGACCCAAGUCACAACGGGGUGUGCAGGUGUACUAGGGGCUGGGGCGAAUUUGCACGCAUCUGGCAGUCCUCGAAUGGCUAUCGUACCCGUCUUAGUAAAGGCAUCUUCAAGUCAUGAAUGCAUUGCCACGUACGCAUUUCUAGACAACGGAUGUGGAGCAGUUUUCGCAGACAGCGAGAUUUGCAGAGCACUGAAGGUGAGAACAAGGAAGAGAAGUAUAAUACUGAAAACCUUGAAUUCAGAAGAAGUUGUCGACUCGAUCGUGAUAGAUAGACUCCAGUUGGGAGGGAUGAUAGAGGAGAACAGCUUCAUCGACCUACCUGAUGUGUAUGUCAAGAAUGACAUUCCUGUGUCGCCAGAAGACAUGGUAACGAAAGAUGAUCUGCAGGGAUGGACCCACCUGUCACACAUACAACUACCACAACUGUGCAGCCCAGCGAUUCCAAGGGUAACCCUAAUCAUAGGUAUGAACGUACCAGCUGCUACAACACCAAUUGAGGUCAUCAGAGGCAACUCGGGAGAUCCUUAUGGUGUUAAGACCCCUGUGGGAUGGGUCAUCUAUGGAGUGCCCGGCAGACCCAAAUCCCAACUUGAUGCGAACUACAUCAACGUACUAGAUGGCUUGACCAACCUGGAAGAUCAAUACAAGCACUACAUGAACUUAGACUUCAAUGAAAGGUUGGGUGAAAGCCAAGAUGAAAGUGCACUGUCAAAGGAAGACAUGCGCUUCUUAGACAUUGUCAAAGAAACUACAGAGUUUCAAGGCGGUCACUAUCAGAUGGCACUACCACUACAGCGACCCACAGUAAGAAUGCCUGACAACCGCUCGCUGGCAGAAAAGAGAGCUGUUCAACUGAAGCGGAAGUUCGAUAAGAACCAAGAGUUCAAAGAGAAAUAUGUGCAAGCUAUGGAAGAUACCAUAGGCAAGGGUUAUGUUGAAAAGGUUCCCGACAGCCAGAAGUUCAGAAGUGAUGGUAAAGUCUGGUUCAUCCCACAUCACGGUGUUUACCAAGUUCAGAAGCAAAAGAUGAGAGUGGUGUAUGACUGCGCCGCAGAGUAUGGUGGUGUUUCCCUGAACCGACAGCUGUUACAAGGGCCAGACAUGACCAAUGGUCUCACAGGUGUGCUGAUGAGAUUCAGACAAGAACCAGUUGCCGUCAAAGCUGACAUAGAGGCAAUGUUCUACCAAGUGAGGGUGAGAUCGGAAGAUAGAGAUCUCCUAAGAUUCCUAUGGUGGCCAGGUGGAGAUCUGAGUCGUGAAUUAGAAGAGACAGCUACAGACAACGAACAGCGCUAUCGCUCGGAAGUUACGAAUGCUGUCAGGAAGAAUUUCUACGUCGAUGACUUUUGCAAGUCAGUACCAGAUAAAGAAGAGGCCAAGGUCAUCUCGAGGGAAGUGACAGACCUGUUAGCUGAGGGUGGAUUCAGACUCACCAAGUGGGUCAGCAAUCAGCGAGAAGUCUUACGGUCGAUUCCUAGGGAAGAAUGGUCUAAGGAGGUAAAAGGCCUGCAGAUUGAUCAAGAUGUUCUUCCACCAGAUAAAACUCUUGGAGUCUUGUGGUGUAUGGAGAGCGACACCUUCGGCUUCGAGAUCAAUGUGAAAGAUCGUGAACCCACACGUCGUGGUAUACUAUCCAUUGUGAGUUCAGUUUAUGAUCCGUUGGGAAUGGUCAGUGCUGCCAUUAUGCCUGCCAAGUUGCUGCUUCAGGAUCUAUGCAGAUUGAAGUUGAACUGGGAUGAGAAGAUUCCUCAAGAACACCUGCACAAAUGGAACCUUUGGCUGAUGGACCUACCCAAACUAGAAUGCAUCUCAGUAGAUAGAUGCUUCAAGCCUGAAGGCUUUCAGGAUCCUGUUAGUGUGCAGAUCCAUCACUUUGCCGAUGCCAGUGAGAAAGGGUAUGGCGUCGUCAGCUACCUGAGACUACAGAACAGAUAUGGAGAUGUUCAUUGCUCCUUUGUUACAUCCAAAUCAAGAGUGACCCCGUUGAAGCAGCAAUCCAUACCCAGACUUGAACUUACAGCAGCCACUGUAGCAGUGAGAGUACACAACUCGAUAGUUAGAGAGCUGGAGAUCCCUGUUGACCAGACUUUCUUCUGGACAGACAGUAUGACCGUCAUCAAGUAUAUCUGCAAUGAGACGACAAGGUUCAAGUCUUUCGUGGCUAAUCGACUUACAGUGAUAAGGGACAGUUCUCAUCCAUGUCAGUGUAAGUAUGUGAGAUCAGAACAGAAUCCAGCAGACGACUGUUCAAGGGGACUUCCCAUCGACAAGUUCAUUGCCAAUAGGAGAUGGUUCCGAGGACCAGAGUUUCUCUGGCAUGCAGAAGCAGAUUGGCCUUCAACUUGCGUGACCGAGGAGCCAGAAGUAGAUCGGGACCCAGAAGUAAAGCGUGUCAUGGCGGCAGUUCCGAUUGAAAAUCUGCUGAGUCGGUCAAAUGCAGUUAAGAAGCUGAUAGAAUACUACUCAGAUUGGAAUCGUCUGAGGAGAGCCGCAGCAUGGUGGCUACGGUUAAAGAGAAUCCUGAGAAAGAGAAGCAAAGAAGAAUUCAAACAUGACGCUGUGAACAACCUCACAGUGGAAGAAAUAGAAGAAGCUGAAGUGAGUAUCUUGAGAUGGGUUCAACAUGAGGCAUUUCCUCACCAGAUAAAGAGGCUUCAAGAAAUGAAUGAUGGCCCUCAAGAUCUCACAAGGGAAUCUCCAAAACAGCAGAAAGUGGAUAAGCUGUUAGACCAGUUAGACCCAGUGAUGCACAAGAGCUUGAUGAGGGUCGGCGGUAGGUUACAAGCCGCUCAACUCCCAGAGGAAGCCAAGCAUCAGAUAAUCCUGCCACAAAGGUGCCACGUGACAGACCUGAUUAUGCAACAUACACACCAAAAGAUUCACCACCAAGGCAGAAAUCAUGUACUUGCAGAGCUGCGCCGGAGAUAUUGGAUUUUGAAGGCAGGAGUGGUUUUGAAGAGUGUGUUGAAGAGGUGCGUGAUUUGCAAGAAAGUCCAAGCUAAAUUGGGUCAGCAGAAGAUGGCAAACUUACCCGCUAACAGGCUGCUAUCUGAGAAGCCAGCCUUCACUAGCACCGGAAUAGAUUACUUUGGCCCCUUCAAUAUCAAGCAGGGCCGCAACAUAAAGAAGCGGUAUGAAGUAGUAUUUACCUGCUCGACCAGCCGAGCAGUUCACAUUGAGAUUGCAGAGAGCCUAGACACAAGCUCGUGCAUAAAUGCAGUGAGACGCUUCAUUGCCAGAAGAGGAAAUAUAAAAGAGUUGAUUUCCGACAAUGGUACCAACCUCGUGGGUGCUCAUGCAGAGUUGAAAAAGGCGAUGAGCGAGUGGAAUCAUGAAACUCUCGAGAAAUUCACAACUGAUCGUGGUAUCACCUGGAAGUUCAACCCGCCAGCAGCUUCACACUUUGGCGGCAUCUGGGAACGCCAAAUCCGUACCAUUCGGAAGAUACUACAAGCCAUGUUGAAUGAGCAGCAUAUGAGAGUGUGUAGAGAUGAGGAACAGCUCAGGACCUUGAUGUGUGAAGUUGAGUACACAAUUAACAGUAGACCGUUAACCCAUGCGUCUGAUGAUCCUAAGGAUUUGAACGCCAUCACUCCCAAUGAUUUGCUCUUGCUGAGACCAAGCAGUCUAUACGUCGCACCACCUGGUGUUUUCUCAGAGAAAGAUCAGUAUGCGAAGAGGCGAUGGCGCCAAAUGCAGUAUUUGGCAGAUCUGUUCUGGAAGCGAUGGUCUAGAGAAUACCUGAUGGAUCUUCAACAGCGCCAAAAAUGGUUGUACCCUCAGAGGAACCUACACCCUGGUGAUGUGGUGUUAGUUGCUGACAAUCAAGCACCGCGCAGUUCGUGGCCCCUUGGAAUAGUGGAAAAAACCUAUCCUGACAAGAAUGGAUUGAUCAGGAGUGCUGAGGGAUGCAUGAAUAGACACCAUUUGCUGGAGUUACACCUGUGUGCACUCUGUAUUCAGUGCUUCGGUUGA